AUGCAGCUGUGUCUCACCGCAGCUGUGUCUCACCGCAGCUGUGUCUCACCGCAGCUGUGUCUCACCGCAGUACAUCUGGCUGAGCUCCCUGAGCUCCUCCUGGACUCGCAGCAGGAGGAGGUGCUGCAGAAAGGCCUGUUGUUGCUCCUCCUCCUCCACUCCCAGGAGCUGCAGGUGGUGCUGCUUCAGCCGCAGGAGAGAGCGUCCUGCAGCCAGAGGACAGCCAAUCAGAACCAGCCAGAGGACAGCCAAUCAGAACCAGCUAAUCAGGACCAGCCAAUCAGGACCAGCCAAUCAGAACCAGCCAAUCAGAACCAGCCAAUCAGAACCAGCUAA